UAGCAACUUGCCUGUAAAAUGCCACUCACACCCACUUUGUUUUAUCUAUUCAUAAAUUUCUGCAGCUCGCCAAUAGUAUUUUUUAUACAAAGAGUUUCUUUACCUCGUUUAUCCUGCCCCUUAUCUUUCCUUUUUUUAUUAAUGUGAGUGUCGUAAAUAAAGAAUGUUGAUAAACAAGUAAAAUGUCGGACUCUCGUGUUGGUGUGGAGGUGGUUGACAUUUGUGCUGUAUACAAAGUGCAUCGACGAGGCUAGAUUUCUGCAAUUCAUUAUUGUUUCAAAGACGUCGUACAAAAAGAGGCAGUUAAACUGAAAUUACAAAAUUCAAAUAAUGUCACAAGUUGAUCAUUUCUUUGUGUACCCAACAGAAUCAGUUGUUGGAACUUUUAGCUAUGAUGAAAAUUUGCCCCCGUUACCAUUACAAUCAUUGGAUAAAACAUUAUCAAAUUAUUAUAAUUCUUUACUACCGUUAGCUACAGCUGAUGAAUUAAAAGAAGCCAAGCGCAUUAUUCAGGAAUUUGAAAAUGGAAUUGGUAAAAAACUUCAUAUCAUGUUGCAGAAAAGAGCCAGCCAAAAGAAAAAUUGGUUACAUGAAUGGUGGGAUAAAUAUGGAUAUUUAACAAGCAGAUUUCCGUUGUUGCCAUUUUGCAAUAUGUUUGGUCAUUCAUCAUUAACUGAUUUGAUUAAGCCUUCUUUGGAUAUUGGCCUUAAGUUGGCUACCGUAGAUAUAUAUUAUCUCAUAGAAUUUUGGAGACUAUUGAGAUCUGAGAAGUUGAAAACUGUUCAAAGUCCAGAUCCAUCUUCAAUUUAUAGUUCAACACAACUACGAAGACUCUUCAACACGACACGUAUACCUGGUGAAGAGUUAGAUAGCCUGAACUGUUAUUUCAAAACUGAAAGGGAAGGCCCCUGUCCAGUUUAUGUGAUUAUAAUGCGUAAUGGAAGGAUUUUCAAAAUUGAUAUAAAUAUAGAUGGUAAACCAAUAAAGGCAUCUCAAUUGGAACAAGUUUUGACUGAUAUUAAAAGUAUGUGCGUUGGGAAACCAGGACAAGGCACUGGUUAUUUGACUUGUGAUGAGAGAACAUCUUGGGCAAAGAAUCGAAAAUACUUGCAGUCAUUAUCUCAAAAUAACAAGAAGGUAUUAAAAUUGAUAGAAGAGAGUAUGUUUGUAAUAUCUCUUGAUUCUAAUUCCCCAGAAGACACAACAGAAACCUGUCUUCUCACUUUGUGCAAUAAUUAUAGCACGAGAUGGGCUGACAAAAGCUUCAGUGUAGUAUUCUUUGAAAAUGGUUUUAUAGGUGGAGUUUGUGAUCAUACAGCAUUUGAUGGUACAAUUUCUGGUUUUGCUAGCUACUAUGUAUACUGUAAAAUACAGGAAAAUGGAAUAGAUUGGUACCAAAUGGAAAAGGAAAAAGUAAUUGAGCCAUGUGAGUUAUUAUUUGAUAUGGAUGAACGAAUUAGUGGAGAAAUAAGCAGACUACAAAAGGACUUACUGAAGAAUCAAAUCAGUGUUGAUAUAGUUUCUGAAGCUUUCAAAGGAUUUGGUAAAAAUCACUUAAAAGAUUUGAAAAUACACCCUGAUGCAUUUGUUCAAAUGGCUUUACAGUUAACAUAUUACAAAAUGCAUGGAAAACUUUGUGCAACUUAUGAAACUGCAACCACUAGGCAUUAUUACAAUGGUAGAACUGAAACAGUUCGAUCAUGUACUGAAGAAGCUUUGAAAUGGGUUACAAUAAUGUGCGAUUCGAAAGAAAAUGUUAAAAAUAAAAGUGGAUCUCUAUAUAAGGCCUUGGCUAAACACAUGCAUCUUAUGAAUGAAGGAAAGAAAAAUGCUGGAUGCGAUAGGCACCUUUUCGGUUUAUAUUGCACAGCAUUGGAAAACAACAUUCAAAUACCAGACUUCUUCAGACAUGAAUUAUACAGUAGAAGUGGAGGAAAUGGUAAUUUCAAACUAUCUACGAGUCUAUCCGGUUAUUUACCUAUGGGAGGUGCUGUAGCUGCAAUGUGCCUUGAUGGAUAUGGUGUAUUUUAUAAUAUAUGUCCCACCGAAAUCCGCUUUUAUGUCACAACAUAUAAAGAUAGUGAAGAAACCAAUGCAAGAAUAUUUUUCAGAACAAUGUGUGCUUCCUUUUUGGAAAUGAGUGAUCUUAUUUGUAAGGAUAAAAAACAAAACUCUAAGUUAUAACUCGCUGGGCACUUAUACCUAGAAAGUCUUAUGUAAUACAAAAAACUGUUUUUAGACUUGGGGAUGUAUGCGGAAAGGUGUAAACAAGAUUACUUAUAGUUUGCAUUUGUAAGACUUCCUGAACAGCUUUAUUUAAAAUACCAC